GAGAGAGAGAGAGAGAGAGAGAGAGAGAGAGAGAGAGAGAGAGAGAGCAGAAUCAGAAUUUGAAAAGGCCACAUAUUCUUCACCCCCUCGCCUUUUGAGUUCUGAACACAAUAAAGAAGAAACUCACCUCACAGUCUCUUGUAUUUCUUAAGUCUGUUCCCUGUUAUGGGUGGAAAUAAGUUGAGACCUUGCGAAUCGUCCGAGUGAGUCACUACCUGGUUGCCUUUUUCGUUGUGAGAACUUCCAAAAGUUCCUCAAAAUGGAAGCUUUAUCUAACAAGACUGAGCAUUCUCAAAAGAAGAAAGAUGGGGUUCGGUCCACUGGGGGCAAAACGGCUAAAUCUGAGUCGUUCACCGAUUCGAGUGCUGAGUCGAGAGAGACGAGUUCGAGUGCAUCGAGCUCCUUCGAUUCAGCUGAAGAAGCUAAAGCAAAAGGGUCGUCUUCGCCUGCUCCUCUUGGCUGGCCCAUUCGCAAGGCUACAAUUUCCAAGUGCAGUAAAUCUGAUGACAAGGAAAACCAACCUAUGUCCCACGAGGACAGCUCAAAAUUUAGCAGAAUCGGUUCAAAAAUGUCAGAGGUUGAUAUGAUGAAGGAAAGGUUUGCAAAAUUACUGCUUGGUGAAGAUAUGUCAGGGUCUGGAAAAGGGGUUUGCACAGCUCUGGCCAUCUCAAAUGCCAUUACUAAUCUCUGUGCCACCGUAUUUGGACAAUUAUGGAGACUAGAACCUCUUCCUGAUGAAAAGAAAGCAAUGUGGCGAAGAGAGAUGGAGUGGCUCCUUUGCGUUGGAGAUCACAUUGUUGAAUUAAUCCCUUCUUGGCAAACAUUUCCCGAUGGAAGCAAGCUUGAGGUAAUGACUUGCAGGCCGAGGUCAGAUCUUUUCAUUAAUCUCCCAGCUCUUCGCAAACUCGAUAACAUGCUAAUGGAAAUAUUAGACAGUUUCACAAGUACGGAGUUUUGGUAUGUUGAUCAAGGAAUCGUGGCCCCAGAUGCAGAUGGGUCAGCCUCGUUUCGCAAGCCAAUGCAGAGACAAGAGGAGAAAUGGUGGCUUCCUGUGCCUCGCGUCUCUCCUGCAGGUCUGACUGAGAACUCAAGAAAGCAAUUGAACCACACACGAGAAUGUGCAAACCAAAUUCUGAAAGCAGCCAUGGCCAUCAACGACAACGCUUUAGCUGAAAUGGAAGUUCCUGAUUCAUACUUAGAAGCCCUUCCCAAGAAUGGAAGAAGCUGCCUGGGGGAUUUCAUAUACCGCUAUAUAACAUCAGACCAGUUCUCUUCUGAGUGUCUGCUUGAUUGCCUAGAUCUUUCCAAUGAACACGUGGCUCUGGAGAUUGCUAACAGAGUGGAAGCCUCAAUUUAUGUAUGGCGUAGAAGGGCUCAUUCGAGACCCGCACCUAAUCCUAGCCGUUCAACAACAAAAUCAUCCUGGGAAAUGGUGAGAGAUUUCAUGGCAGAUGGAGACAAGAGAGAAUUGCUAGCAGAAAGAGCUGAAAACUUUCUGAUUUGCUUGAAACAGAGGUUCCCUGGUUUAACUCAAACCACUCUCGACACCAGCAAGAUCCAAUGCAACAAGGACGUGGGUAAGUCCAUUCUGGAGAGCUACUCAAGGGUAUUGGAGAGCAUGGCGUUCAACAUUCUUGCUCGUAUUGAUGAUUUGCUGUAUGUGGACGACUUGACGAAGCAUUCAGACAGGUUUCCGUUGGUUUCUUCGACGGUUAGUCGUCCAAUCUCGGUGUCUGUCUCAGGCACUCCUCACAAAUCUGUUAGUGGCACCAGUAGCUUUUCACCUGCACCACCGCUCAUUAGUCCUGCAAGAGGAGAGAGAACUCCUUUCAUCCAUAACAACAACAACAUCAUCAAACCUCACCGUCGUGGUUUUGGGGUGAAAAGGGUAUUGUCAAAUUAUCUUGGAGUAGAGACGAAAGCCAAAAUAUGCAGCAAUUCAAGUGAAGUGCAUUGUUUGAACUCAAGUAAUGCGAAUAGAACAGAAACAGACCAACCGGAACGGCAAAAGGAAUCAUCAUGUGCUCUAAAAAAAUGAGCAGUGUCCGAUAUGUCAUGUAUGUUAAUCAAAGGACAACCGUGUGUCUGUAACCUUUAAUUAUGGAUUCUUUUUUUUCGUCUUUGUAUUAUUUACUGAUAUUUAUUGGUGGUUAGAGGUUGGGAGUUAUUGUUAUUAAGGGGGAUUACGGUCUCUCACUGAGUUAUGAAGCAGUUCAGCCCGAAAGCAGUUGGUAUACAUGUUAUUGUAUUUAAAGUUAGCUGAGAAUUGACAUUGAAUUUUAAAUGAGAUUGUAAAUUAUAUCUGUGAAUUAUGGUGAUUUCUUUAUUGGAUAUUAA